AUGCCCCGUCCUCGUCUACCUUCACCCGAAUAUACACCUUCUUCAUUACCUCCCAACAUAAUCCUCACCAGACUCUUUUCACCUAGAGGUUCAGGUAAUUGGGUUUGUCAUUCCCCCGAUGGGAUCGAAAGACUUGUGGAGAUAUCGACAAGGGUGAAAAGAUCUAAAGUCAUUUUGGUCAAAGGCGAUGUGUUGGAUAGGAGAAGUGGGGAUUUCUCAUACGUAAACUUAUUUCCUCCUGGUGGAAAAGUAGUAGGAGAAAUCAUCGUUGUUUUAGAAAAGAAUCAAGUUAAAGGGUAUAAGAAAUCUGGGGAAUGGCCUGAAGAGUUCGAUUCAUUACCACCUACGAAUCCUCAAGAACCUUCACCUCUUAUCGAAACUUCAUCUCUCGAUAUUUCACAGGCAGAUGAUCAAUCAUCACAUACAAGUACUUCGGAUACGACAUGA